AUGCCCUAUCAAUAUGUCGCUCUUUUUUGCUACCUAGAGUCUUUUCUACUGGAAAAUCUACUCACCCACUGGACAUGGCUUACUUACGGAUUACCGAUCCCGCAGCAAUCUUUCUCUACUAAAAGCCCGGUUUCCUCUUCUCGUGUAAUUCCGUCUACACUGAUACAAGCACCUUCUUCAGUUUCAUCCGGUUCGGUGGCUUUUAAGAAAGCUUCUGGGGAUGGCUAUAAUUUAGCUAGUGCCGAGGAGUACGCUCGCAAUUUUCUCGCUUCUUCGAUAGACUCAAAUGACAUUCAUACUACUCUCUGUGACCCUCAGUCGCACUUACAUCAACAGCCACAACACCAGUCAAGGCUACAUAAAUCUACCAGAUCGUGUCAAAAGGACCCUGGCUAUUUUCCGGAGCUUUCAGUUUCUGAAUCAUCUGCAUCUGGCAUCCAAGGCGUAGCUGUUGCUUCAUCCCAGUUUCCACCCCUUUUUAAUCCUAUCGCUCCGAAUUCUAUCAUAUCUUUUGACUUUAUUACUCCUCAGUCUACCCUAUAUCGUUCAAAAGUCACUGAAGCAGCCAGAGGGGGAAAGGAAUGCGAUGGACUAAAGGCUAUCCGAGCUACCUCUGCCGCCACUUCCUCAUGCCAUCAAAGUGAUCGACAUGAAGAAGGGAAUGCGGAUUUAAAAAAGGAUGAACCGGUGAUAAUCAGAAGAUCAGAAUGUCUCGAAGAAGAACGGAUAGGAGUAGGAGACGACAAAACUGAUCCGAUGAUAGCAAAAGAAAGUCUGAUAAAGACGCACGAAGGUCAUGAGUCAGCCUCAAAAAGCCUACCAGUUGUUGAGUCGGAAAUAAAUUCGAAAUUCCGCCAUGACUUGGCUCUGCAGGCUAAACCUUGUUUCACAGUCGACGUCACCACUUGUAAAUUUUCCUUUUUCAUGACUCAUUAA